AUCAUAAUAUUUUUCCCAUGUAACUUUCAUCUCUCCCAUAGACGAUCAUGUUUUCCCUCUCUGCGCAUUUAGAAUCACAAUCUCUCUGUAUGAAAACCUAUCUUCCACUCGGAGGGUUUUUUCCCACUCUCUCUCUCUUUCUGAUAUAUAACAUCAUCAUUAUCAUCUUGAUAUCAUCAUCAUCAUCAUCCCAAAAACUAUUUCAUGUUAUUUAAACUCCUCCAAAGGUAAACCUCACAACCUAUUAACUUACAUUGUCCCAGGAAAAAAAACCCAUUUGUGUCUAUGGUGUUUAUAUGUUUACACUUUAAGUGUCAUUAUCAUUGUAUUUUGGUUAACUUCAACCUCGGUGUCAAUUUCACCCUCUCUCCAUGAACUCAGCUUCCUAUCUGACUGUUUACUGAAAUCAAUUUGGUGGUUUAACUUUUCCAGUUUCAGAAAAUUACAAAAAAAUUGAUCAACUUUUUUUUUCUCAUCUCAAAAGUGUAAAUUGUUCAAACGUCAACAAAAAGUUUCAUUUGUUUUACUAAAUUGUUGCCUAAUUGUAAAACAUGUUCAGUGAUAAUCAAGGAUUAGACUCAAUUGUAGUUAACUAUUAUGUUGAUUAAUCUAAUCUUUAAACACUAUGUGGUUAAUUGUAUUGUGUUAAUUACUUGUUAACCAAAUGGAUAAUUUGAUUCAAUUGUUGCCAUCGUUUCUUAAUUGUCCCAAUCAUCAUGAUUAAAUCAUUUUAUUAUUCACCAAGAGGAGCUUUUUAUCUUAUAGAUUUUAUACUAUUAUUACUAGAAGUUAAUUUAUGCUCAAGUAUCCGGAUUACAAUGUUAGAUAUUCCUUCACCCACCAUCUUGGGUGAGGCUGUUGAGCUUACCUGUAGCUAUGAACUGGACAAUGAUAAAUUGUACUCGGUCAAAUGGUACAAAGAUGGAGUUGAAUUUUACCGUUUUGUCCCUAACGAUUGGCCUCCAGGUCAAACAUUACCCAUUGAUGGGAUCAAAGUUGAUGUAAGUCGAUCAACAGCCAAAGGUGUUUACCUGAAGAAAGUUGAACUUGAAUCUCAGGGAACAUAUAAAUGUGAAGUGUCCACCGAAGCUCCAGAAUUUAAGACUGCAGAGCUGGAGAAAGACAUGGAAGUUAUCGUAUUACCUCAAGAAGGUCCAUCCAUUUCAAAGAUUAAAACCCGUUUCAAUUUAGAUGAUAUUGUUUACGUUAAUUGUACAUCAGCCAAAUCUAAACCUGCCCCAGUCCUCAAGUGGUACAUCAAUGAUAAUCCGGCUCCAGUUGAAUAUGAAUAUGAUUAUCCAACAAUUAGUUAUCCUGAUCGCCUUGAAAGCUCAGUUAAAGGAUUAAGAUUCAAGGUGACAGAGUUACACUUACAGGGUGGGCUUAUGAACCUCAAGUGUACCGCUGCCCUUUCCUCGGGCUAUCAUAUCAUGUCCACUUGGACGGUCACUGCCGGAGGCAAGAAGCAUUUAUCUCCAAUAAUGGGCACAAGAAUACCCAAAGUUGAAUCAAUACCUUCAUGUGCAAUUGGAUCAAUUGAUUAUAAUAAUAUUUUGUAUUCCUCAGUUUUCAUCUGCCAAUUAACAUGGAUUUUAAUGAUUAUUAAGAUUAAACAACUUUAAUAAGCGACAGUAAUUAAGUAAAUUGUUACUUAAUCAACAUGAGUAUCAACUAAUGGCACAAAGAAAAAAUUGUUUUCAUUAACUAUCAACAAUAAAAAAAAACAUCAUCAAUUAACAGCCAAAGGAUUGAACCUUAAUUUUAAAUGUUAAUCAGUAAAUUUUUGAAUUUAAAUCAAGUGUUAAUUGUGAAAUUUUUUUGCCUGUCAAUUAAAAAUGAUUAUCAUCAUCAUUAAGCCUUGUAUUAGCAUCUUUAUCAUGAUCACCAUCAGAAUCAUCUAUCAGCUCAAAAACACAAAAAAAAAUCUUAGCUCGUAAUCAGCUGAUUGUUCAAAUCAAAAUGUACAAUUAUAAUUAAUACCAACAAUAAAAGCCUACAACAAUAA